AUGGAAUUUCAUGAAAAGAACGGGGUUGCUGUUAACGUUAAAUCUUCAGGAGAAGGAAGUCAGUCCAUUGAUAUUGGUUCUGUUGAUAUUAACUUUGAUAUCGAAAAGCAUCCGGAAGAAGUAUCGAAUGGGACAAUCUUAAAAAAAUUGGAUAGAACAUUCAUGAUACCCAUGCUUUUGGUUUAUACUUUACAGUUUCUCGACAAGGUGGUAUUGAACUACGCUAAAGUUAUGGGUAUGGCAGAUGAUUUGAAGCUUGUUGAAAAUCAGUUCACUGACUUACCUACUUAUUUCUUCGUUGCUUAUAUUAUAGCUGAACUUUUCAAUGGGUUUUAUGUGUUACCAAAAUUCCCAGUGGCUACCGUUUUAUCAGUAAAUGUUUGUGCAUGGGGCUUGUUCACUGCUUGUUGCGCCGCUUGUACCAAUUACAGAGGCAUACUUACCGUUCGUAUUCUACUUGGUCUUGCAGAGAGUGUGGUGAUACCCGCAAUGGUUAUAUUAUCAACUAAUUUUUAUUCUAAAGCAGAGCAAGCUUUUAGAAUUGGAAUUUGGUAUAGUGGGUUGGGGUUUGGACAAAUAUUUGGCGGUAUUAUCUCUUACCUUUUUCAAUUGGUUGGCCCUGGUGCUGCAGUAGAAGGUUGGAGAAUCAUGUUCAUUGUAAUUGGUCUCAUUAAUAUCAUUGUAGGUGUUUAUAUUUACUUUUAUAUUCCAAGCACACCAUUAUCAGCAAAAAUGUUAACUGCAAAAGAAAAGUUUAUCCUCUUGCAAAAACUUACCGAGUCAAAGAUUGGAGUAAAGACUGAUCUGCUAAAUUGGAAACAGAUUUGGGAAUUGGUUACUGACAUUCAAGCAUGGUUACUUUUCCUUGUAUGUGCCACCAUAUCCUUUUCUUCAAAUACAAUCUCGACUUUCUCAGCCACUGAUAUCAUUUCUUUUGGAUUCGACUCCAAGGAAGCAGCUCUAUUGAACAUGCCUUCUGGUGUUGUGAGCAUCUUAUCCAGUUGUUUGUCAACUUAUUUCAUUAUGAAAGGGUUUACUAGGUAUUUGGCUAUUUGUAUACUUCUCCUUCCUGCUGUUACUGGUGGUGCAUUGAUGUCAUUUUUACCCAAGUCCAAUCAAGCCGGUCUAUUGAUUGGUAUCUAUAUGAUUAAUACAGUAACUGCUCCCCUUGCUAUCUGUUAUUCAUGGGCAGGUGCAAACUUUGCUGGAUCCCUGAAGAAAAUUGGUAUUAAUGCAAUCUUUAUAAGUUGUGGUUUCGCUUUGGCAAAUAUUGUGUCACCAAAGCUGUAUAACUUCAAAGAUGCCCCAAACUAUUACCCAGCCAAAAUAUCAAUGUUAGCAACACAAGCAGGGAGUAUCUUUAUUUGUCUAUUGAUUGCAUUUAUUUAUUACUUGAGAAAUAAGCAAAGAGAUAGGGAACAGGAUGGGAAAGUGAUCGACGAAAAUGAAGAAGUUGAAAAUGUGUGGUUGGACCUAACUGACCACCAAAAUAGGUCCUUUAGAUAUUGUUACUGA